AUGAAUCAUCAAUUGGAAACAUUACAAGAAGAAAAUGAGGUAUUAAGAAAUCAACAAGAUGGUGAUCAAUCAAAAUGGACAUUGGUAGUUGAUAAUUUAAAGAAACAAAAUGAAUCAUUUGAAAAUCAAUUUAAAGAAAUUCAUUCUUUUUUCAACAAUAAUAAUAGUAAUAAUAAUAGUAAUAAUAAUAGUGAUGAUGAAUCGACAUUUACACUUUUAAAACAAUUAAUUGAGUCAAAAGAUCAAGAAAUUAAACAAUUAAAAACAACUAUAGAAUCAACUCCUCCUCCACCACCAUCACCACAACCUGUUGUUGUUGUAACAUCUACCGAAUCAGAUAAUAAUAAUAAUAUAAAAGAUCAAUCUGAAAAAGGAGGAGAAACAAAAGAACAAUUAAAAGAACAAAUAACAAAAUCAACCAAAGAAUUGACAAGAUUAAGACAAUAUUUAAUUGAAGUUGAAGAAAAUCAUACUAUAUCAGAUUUGGAUAAUGAAGAAAAAAUCAAUGAAUUAACUCAAAAAUUAAAAGAAUUUGAAGAAAAGAGUAAAAAUAGUAAUGAAAUGAAUCAAGAGAUUGAAAGAUUAAGAAAUGAAUUGAAUGAAAAAGAGGAAGAGGUGAAACGAUCAAAUGUUGUAAUUAAUAAUCUAAACUCUGUAUUAGAACAAUUCCAAGCGGAUCAAGAAUCAGCCAUCCAAACUGAAUUGGUUGGAGUCAAUCAAAAGCUCAAAGAAUCGUUGCAAGAGAUUGACAAGCUCAAACUAGAGAAACAAAUGUUUGAACGAUUAAAAUUGGAAUAUGCAGAGUCACAACAAACCAUUGUCGAUUGUAACAUUCAACUAGAACUCAAAGCCAAAGAAUUGUACACUUUGCGAGAGGAUAUUGAACCACUCAAAAAGGCAUUUGACAAAAACAUCAUGCGUCUCAGUGACAUGUGUCUCAAUGAACAAGAUUCUGUAGAUAAACGUGUCGUUAGUAAAUUGUUCCUUACUUAUUUCAAGGGUAACAAAAAGACUGAAGUUUUGGCUCUCAUCGCUAAAAUGUUAUCAUUUACUGAAGAUGAAAAGAUUUCUAUUGGAUUAACAAAGAGACAAUGGUCAAUACCAUUCUUUGGAGCGCAAAUGACACCAGGUGGUAGUAUAAAUAAUGGUACUGAAGGUGAUAAAUCAGUUACAGACAUGUGGAUUGAAUUUUUAUUAAAAGAAGCUGGAAAUAGUUUGGAUGAACAACAACAAACUAGUACUUCUACUACGACUACACCAUUUUCAACACCAACAAAGUAUCAACCUGCCAAUGGAAAUAUGGCACCACCUCCUUCUCCGUCCACUCCAUAUCGUCCAUCCAUCACUUCAUCUCCAAUCAAUAAUGGAUCUGUCGGCGGUGGAAAUAUAAUUGGAAAAUUAAAAUCAAAUGUAAUACUUGAUGGUGAUGUCCCAAGUCAUCUAUAA